CCCACCGGGACCUACCACCGGGACUUAAUCGGCUCACUUGUUUCGGAUACUGGGACUUGUGUCAGCCAUGACUCGGCUCUGUUCGCCUGUGUUCGCGUUGCUUGUGUUUGCGGCUGUUACUGUGGUGAUUGCCAACCCUGCAGACACUCAGGUGAGAAGAAAAAGAGAAUGGAUUAUCCCUCCAACACCGCUUGAGGAAAAUGUAGACGACACUAAAAAGGAGUGGAUUGCCAAGAUUCGGUCCGAUUUUGAAUCAGAGGCUGACAUCAUAUACUCUCUAAAAGGCGUAGGUGCAAGUGAGGAGCCCUACGACGUGUUUAAGGUUGACCCUAAAACCGGAUACAUUCGUGUGACAAGAGUGCUCGAUAGGGAGGAAAUUGAUACAUACAAUCUGUUAGGUGUUGCAAAGUACAAUGAUGGUACAAAUGCAGAGAAAGAAAUCAAAAUACGAAUCGAGGUCAAAGAUCAAAACGACAACGAUCCAGUGUUUGGAGUCAUCAAGGCUGGCCAGGUCAACGAGUCCAGUAGUGCAGGGACGGCAAUUAUGAAAAUAAAAGCAACUGAUGCUGAUAAAAAAGGGACUCCGCACUCUCAGAUCUUCUAUAGCAUUGUGAAUGUGAAUCCACCCCAUGACUUGUUCUACAUGGGCAGAGAUGGGACAGUCUUUGUCAAAAGCUCUGCCCUGGACCGAGAGAGAGCAGAUAAGUAUGUUCUGACAGUGCAAGGUCAAGACUUAAACGGCGAACCAGGGGGAAGGGUUGGAACUGGCAGUGUUACCAUUAAUGUCCUCGAUAUAAAUGACAAUGCCCCCACUCUGGAAAAAGAAGAAUAUGAGGCCAGCAUCAUGGAGAACACACAGAAUGUGGAGGUGAUGCGGAUCAAAGCCCAGGACCUGGACCUGCAGGGCACAGCAAACUGGGAAGCUGUGUAUGAAAUUGUACGUGGCAAUGAGGCCGGAUACUUUAGCAUUAUGACAGACUCCAAGACCAACGAGGGCAUCCUAAUGCUGAACAAGGCGCUGAAUUAUGAGGAUGUGAGGAAGCUUAAUCUAGGACUGUAUGUGAGGAACAAAGCUCCACUAAUUGUCAAUGGAGUCACUCACGCUCAUACAGACUCAAACCUAGGCCUAUACAAACUCUAUCAAAUCAAAGUCAAUGUGACGGACCAGCGUGAGGGGCCACAUUUUGACCCCAAAAGCAAAUCUAUAACCAUCGCAGAGGGAGGCAGCUUCAGCUCUAAGGAGGUUAUUGGCGUCUACCGGGCAAUCGAUCAAGACACCGGGAAAGCAGCUGAGAAUGUUAGGUAUGUCAAGGGCUGGGACCCUGACAACUGGCUGUACAUUGACCCAAAAACAGCUGAGAUCAGACUGAACAAGGAACCAGACAGAGAAUCUUCAUUCCUGGUCAAUGGGACAUAUAAAGCUGAAGUCAUUUGCAUCACAGAAGAUAUGCCUACUAAAACAGCCACUGGCACAGUACUCAUCGAGGUGAAAGAUUUGAAUGACCAAUGCCCCACCCUGACCAGUAGCAUCCAGACUGCGUGCAUUCCGAAAGAUUCUGUUAUUGUGACCGCUAAAGAUGAGGAUGCAUUCCCACACGGACCUCCUUUUGAAUUUACCAUCAUCCCAGAGGGCACUCAGGGCAAAUGGCAUUUUGAGCAUUACAAUGACACUGCAGCUAUCCUGAGGAGCAACGAGAAGAACUUGUGGCCUGGUAUCUAUGAAGUGACUUUAGAGGUAAAGGACCAGCAGGGAGUGGCCUGUCCAGAACCACAGAAAGUGACAGUCCACGUUUGUACCUGUGAGGAAGGGGUGACGUGUAGAACACGAAAGAUUCCUCAAUCAGAGUUAGGACCUGCAGCCAUCGGACUGCUAUUUCUGGGCCUGCUGCUGUUAGCACUCCUUCUUCUGGCGCUGCUAUUCUGCCAAUGUGGGGGAGAUGGGGGUCUGCCAGGGGACUUUGCUAAGAUGCCUUUUGAAACCAAAUCACACCUCAUUAACUACCACACUGAGGGACAGGGAGAGAACACGGCUGUACCACUACUGAUCUUGCCAACAACGGAUGAAGAAUCUGGUGGUAAAAAAGACAUCCCAGCAUUGCCACUCCCGGGGUUCAAAGAUACCCUGGACUUUCCUUCCAUCGACAGGACAGAUGAGAUCAUCUAUUCUGAUUUUGCACAUGGCCACAGCAAAGAGAGAUGGGAUGUGAAUCAGCAUAUCAGAGGUGGUGGAAUAUUUGAUGGCAUGGCUCUGUCAGACCACUUCCUGGGACAAUACUACAGUCAGAAGGUGAACAGUGUAAGCGAAAACCUUGGAGUGAGGGACGGUCUUUUGGUUUACGACUACGAAGGCCAGAGCUCCCCUGUUGGCUCAGUGGGCUGCUGCAGCCUCCUGGAGGCUGACAACGACCUGCAGUUCCUUGAUGACCUUGGGCCAAAGUUCAAGACCCUGGCUGAGGUGUGUGGAGGCAAGAGAAUCCCAACUGAGGUCAAACCCCAGUUCACUCCACUGCCCAGCACCUCCAUCAACACUCAGACCUCAGUAUCAAGUCUGAUGACUACCCAACAGCUGCCUCCUCUGCCCAAGCUGCAGCCGAGCAUUCCUGAGACUGUGGUCAGGGAGACAUCUGAGUGUUCUCAGGUGGUGAAGGAAAGCACGGCCACAGUGAGGGAAGGGAUGACCACGGUGAAGGAAGGGAUGGCAAAUUCAGGCCAGGUGCUCCUGUUACAGCCACCGCAGCAGCAGCAGCAGCCUGUCUACUACACCACCGCCCCUGUGCUGCAGCCAGUGCAGUAUGUAGUGCAACCACAGGUUCAGAACACAUUGCUGCUGGCUGAGUCACCAGCCACCAACCUGCAGGGCAUGGUACUGGUUAAUGGCACCCAGACUGGACCUGCCCAAAGCGUGGUUGUUCAGGGGCAGACAGUGAUGUCCAGCGGACAAGCCAAGGGCCCAAACAUAGUGCUGGUGGAGGGGAGCCAAGUCCAGGGGGGUAGUGCCAACCUGAUCCAAACUGGCAACCUCCCUGGCUCCCAGACCAUGAUGGUGGUGGAGGGGAAGGUCCCUGUGGGGUCAGUGAAAGUCCUAGGUGGGAGCCAGACCUCUGUCGUGCAGGGGAGCGCUCUGCAACAAGGAGGGUCUCAGAGGGUCCUGGUGGUCGGCGGGCCAACAGGCAAUGGAGGGCAGCUAUUCCAGCAGGCAGGAGGUCUUUCCCAGAAAAACAGCCUCUCUGGCUUUCAAAAAGUCUUCCACAACAAGGGCAGCACAUCUCAGGGCAACUUGGAGGGUUCCUCUAUGACCACAGUGACCCCCACUUACCAAAAGGUGGUGGUGCAGGAGACGAGAGAGAUCGUCAAAUGAGAGACUGUCAGGACAAGAGAGCACCUUUCAAAUAAGACUGUUCCUCUGGCCUGGUCCAGCUGGUGAUGGGUUGCUUGUGGGACUCAACUAAUGCAAGACAGCUAAUGGAGAGAGGGCAGGCUCCCCAUAUUCCCUCUUAAAACAAACAAUUCAAAAAAGAGUUUGCCAAUCCCAAAGGAGCAGUUCCCCUUAAAACAGAGCCCUACCAAAGAUCUGGGGCGAUCCGAAGCAGAGGUCAACAAUCCAGACAGGGAAAUAAAAAAAUAAAAUGUAAAUAAUAAAGUGAAAUAAUAAUAAUAGCAAGCUGACCCUCCAGAACUAUCCCAGCAGACGUAUUUAAUGACUUCAGUUUAAUCACUUCAAGCUUGAGCAAGUACUGCAGCACUACUAUCUCCAGACUCACCGCCUUUUUUUCCUUUUUUCUUCACCUCUUUCUGCAGCGACACAGAUUGUACACAAAGAAUCAUGUUCUCUAUACAUCUAUUACAUCCUCGUGUUAUGUUUUAUGUUGUCUCUUACCUGUUGCCUUGUCUGUUAAGUGUGUAUGAUGUUUUUAUACAAAUAAAAAAAGAGAUGUAAAAACUAAUAGGUCAAAAUCGUUCUCUAAAAAUGAACGUUUGCUGUGUUUUGACAUAUCCUUAAUAAAACUCAAAUGAAACCAUC